CAGCGGCGUUGGCGGGGAGGGGGACAGUAGUUGUAGACACCCGCCCCUGCCUCAGAGAAGCUUCCUGGUUGUUGCACAGUCUCACCAUUUGGGGAAAGUCCAUGCUAGAAAACUGAAGCAAUUAAUGGGGGAAUAUGAUCAGAUUUCUUCACCAAGUUCCCAGCCUGAUAAAGAGAACCCCUUGUUGUCAACCUAAUGAAGCAUUCAAAGAAGACAUAUGACUCUUUUCAAGAUGAACUUGAAGAUUAUAUCAAAGUGCAGAAAGCCAGAGGCUUAGAGCCAAAGACUUGUUUCAGAAAGAUGAGAGAGGACUGUUUGGAAACUUGUGGGUACAAAGAAGAGAUUGAUUACAGACCGAGGCAUAGAAUGUUUGAUCACAGACUCUCAUCUGAGACUGUCCGGACCUACCCGACAUCAUGCUCUAUUUCACCCAAGGUGGAAAACCAGUUACCUCAGUGGCUACCAGCUCAUGACAGCAGGCUAAGACUAGACUCUCUGAGCUACUGCCAGUUCACCAGGGACUGUUUCUCAGAAAAACCAGGACCCCUGAACCUUAGUCAGCAAGGGUAUAACCGUCGCCCAUACAGUGUGGAAUCUGGAGUUUACAAGCGUCUCUCCUCAGAAAACAGUGCCAGCGCCCAUCAAACCAGUCAUAAACAGAUAAAUCAGCAGGGGAAAAGGCACCCAGAGGAAGCCAGAGAAAAAGCAGAGGAGGAGCGGCCCAAGCAUAGGAGGAAAAAAGGUUGUGAGGAAAUAGAUUUAGACAAACACAAGAACUUCCAAAGAAAUGAAACACAAAUGGAAACAGUCAGGGUCAGUACAGAAAAGCUUAAGAAUUGAAAGGAGAAAAAAGGCCGAGAUGUGGCCUCUAAGAAAGAGGAAUGUAAGCGUAGAAAAGAGAAAAAGGAACAAGGUAAAGAGAGGACAGAGGAAGAAAUUCUUUGGGACCAGUCUAUCCUUGGAUUUUGAAGAUCCUGAGUUGGUUCUCCUGAGGUUAAAUUGAAAAAAUAGUUGAGGAGCUUGGUUUUAUGAUGUCCAUGUUCAUAUCGAUUUUUUCAUGUGAACAGGUACUUUAAUUUCUAACAACAGGCCAAGUGAACUGGAAGUAUUUAAUGUGGUUACUCUCCAGCACGGAAAUUACUUUUCCUUAUUUCCUGAAAG